CCUCUUCCGGUAGGGGAGCUAUCAUCUUUGAAGUUGCUUGAUGUUUCAAACAAUCAAUUGAAUGCAACUCUUCCUCAAAGUUUAGGACAACUUGGGAAUUUGGAACAUUUAGACGUUAGCAAUAAUAUGUUGGAAGGAAAUAUAUCAGAAAUGCACUUCUCUAAUCUCACAAGAUUGAGAAUUUUCAGGGCAUCUAACAACAUGUUAACGUUUAAACCAAAUCCAAGUUGGAUUCCUCCUUUCCACUGUGAAAAUAUUGAAUUAGGUAACUGUCAUCUUGGUCCGAAAUUUCCUCAGUGGCUACAAUUCCAAAAGAACUUGUUUCAUUUAGAUAUCUCCCAUGCUGAAAUUCCAGGUGUCAUUCCCACUUGGUUUUGGAACCUUUCGACUCAAUUUGAAUAUCUAAAUCUUUCCAACAACCAACUAGUGGGGAAGAUUUCAUAUUUUCCUAGGAGUUUGGUUGUUGACUUGAGUUCCAACCUAUUCACAGGUCCAUUGCUACAGGCACCCUCAGAUUUGAUGUUUUUAUUUUUGUCUAAGAAUCUAUUUUCAGGAACACUUUCCAAUUUUCUUUGCAAUUCCUCAACUAAAUUGGAACCUUUGACCAUUCUUGACAUUGAAUCAAAUCUUCUAUCUGGUGAAAUUCCAAAUUGUUGGGAAAAUUGGCAAUUUUUGAAAGUCUUAAAUUUGGGAAACAACAAUCUAACUGGGAAAAUUCCUAGAUCCUUGGGAUUUUUGCGCCGUGUUCUGUCAUUAAACCUUCGUAACAAUAACCUACUUGGAGAAGUACCAUCUACACUGCAGAAUUUGGUUGACAUGCUUAUUCUUGAUCUUAGUGAAAAUCAAUUGACGGGAAGUAUUCCAGCAUGGAUUGGAGACAACCUCUUAAACCUUGUGGUUCUAAACCUCCGUUCAAAUAAAUUCCAAGCCUAUAUUCCUGAUCAAAUUUGUGCUCAUAAUUCUCUUCAGUUCUUGGAUCUUGGUUAUAACAACAUUUCAGGAGCAAUUCCAAAAUGUUUUAGUAACCUAAGUGCCAUGGCCAUAAAACCCCUCAAGAUACACGUGGGAAACAGUACCUGGUCAUUCGAGUCUAAUAACCUGUUUCUUUUGGGUGCAUUAUUGGUGAUGAAAGGAAGAGAGGAUGAUUACAGUACCAUACUAGGACUUGUUGUCGGCAUAGACCUUUCAGUUAACAGUCUCAGAGGAGAGAUCCCCGAAGAACUUGGUAAUCUCAUAGGACUGCGGUCAUUAAAUUUGUCAGGGAAUCUCCUAACAGGAAAGAUACCAGAGAACAUUGGCAAUAUGGAGGUGUUGGAAUCUCUUGACUUAUCGAUGAACCAACUCCAUGGUGAAAUCCCUUCAAGUUUCUCCAAUUUGAAUUUCUUGAAUCACUUGAACUUGUCCUACAACAACUUGACAGGACAAAUCCCAUCAGGCACCCAGCUGCAAAGCUUUGACAGGUUUUCGUACAUUGGCAAUCAUCUUUGUGGACCUCCAGUCACUAAAAAUUGCAGCAGAAAUGGCGAAACACCUGAUGUUACAAAUGGAGGUAGGAGUGGAGGAAAGAAAAGGUCUAAUGUGAAUUGGCUUUAUGUAAGCGUAGUACUUGGAUUUGUGAUGGGGUUUUGGGGGGUAGUGGCUCCCCUGGUUUUCGUCAGGUCUUGGAGGUUUGCUUAUUAUUAAAAAGUGGAGCAAAUUGGUGAUAAGCUAUAUGUGUUUUGGGCUACUAUUGGUAUGUAAUUAUUUGUAAUUGAAGCUCAUUUCGGUGUGUUUGGUAAUGUAAUAACUUGAUUUGCAAGCUUUUUAUUUAAUCCAUGUAUUCGGUUUAUGGAUGUAGUAUUCCAUGUUAUAAUUUAUUGAAAUGAAAUAAAAUUGUGUGUGUUAAUGUAUUUGAUUCGUAGACCUAUGUUCAAGUUUUUAUGCAAUAUGGCUUGAAGGUAAAAUUUUUUUAUAAAUCCUCUAAUUUGAAAUAUUUCUUAUAC